AGCGAGUAUGCCCUGACAGAAGCCGAAGUGAUAUGACUACUUUGCUGGGAGGAGAGGAGCCACUGAUUUGUACUGGAGUCCACUACCACCACCAUCACCACGGAUACGUCCACUUCCUGCGAAAAUCGCCUCGCAACGGCCGAACCCUCUCCGUCCGCAUGAACGUGCAAUAAUAUACAGACCCGACACCCGCACGCAGGAAGCAGCAGCAACAGUAGCGGAGGCUGCAGUGAAGGGGACAUGUCGACCACGAUUGGGUCCUUCAUCGCAGGCGGGAUAGCAGCAUGUGGUGCGGUCACGGUCACACACUCCUUUGAGACCAUCAAGAUCAGACUCCAGCUGCAGGGAGAGCUGCAGGCAAAGAAAGAUGCGCCGCGGCUAUACAAAGGAGUGCUGCACGGCGUCAAGGUCGUCUACACGAAUGAAGGGUUGAAGGGUCUGCUGCGAGGCUUGAACUGUGCUUAUGUCUACCAAAUGACGCUCAAUGGCUGUCGUCUCGGCUUCUACGACCCCAUACGGACCACCCUGAAUUCGCUCGUCCUGACGCGCUCACCCUUGAACACGCACGAUCCCAACGUCAAGGCGAUGCAAUCCUUACCCGUCAACAUCGCCUCCGGUGCCUCGUCAGGUAUUCUCGGCGCCUUCCUGGGAUCUCCCUUCUUUCUCGUCAAGACCCGCCUCCAAUCCUUCUCGCCAUUCCUACCCGUCGGCACUCAGCAUCAAUACCGCAGCGCAGCAGACGGCAUGAGACAAAUAUACGGCGCCGAAGGCAUUCGAGGUCUCUGGAGAGGUGUUGGUCCCGCCAUGGUACGAACAGGCUUUGGAUCAUCAGUGCAAUUACCCACAUACUUCUUCGCGAAGAGGUUACUGCAAAGAAAUUUCGAUAUCAAGGAUGGUACACCGUUACAUCUCAUGUCCUCUUCCGCUUCCGGGUUCGUGGUCUGCUGUGUCAUGCAUCCUCCCGACACCGUCAUGAGCAGAAUGUACAACCAAACGGGAAAUCUGUACUCGGGAGCCUUUGACUGUCUGUACCGCACCGUGAAGACCGAAGGAAUUCUGGCGGUAUACAAAGGCUUCUUUGCGCAUUUGGCCCGCAUUCUACCGCACACCAUUCUGACUCUGACCUUGGCCGAGCAGACAAAUAAGCUUAUGAGGAAAUUCGAAGAUCGAGUGCUACCGAAGGAUGUCAAGGAGAAGAUAUGAGAAAGACAAAGAGGAGCGCUGAGGAGCAAAUCUUCAGAAGACCACGUCUGGGAAUCUAUUCUCAAUUGGGGCCCCUUGACAGCGGAGGGAGUCUCACAUUAUAUUAUGUGUAACACAUACCCCAUCCAGCUCAGCGCUGGUCAUGGCCCCGAACGAAGAUUCGUCGGGAACAGUCAUUUGCAUGGGGACUCCUCAGAGACUUGUCUCGAGCGAUGGUAGAGCGAGCUAGCUAGCUAGAUACCCAGCGGUCAAAGGCACACCACCCACCACCACCACCAUCAUCAUCAUCAAUCAUCAUCAAUCAUCAUAUGACCCAUACCAUCAUCCGAUUUCUUCAUUUACCUCAUUCUAUCGGUCACCAUCAAAUUACCUUACCUCAUCUCUCCACCUACCCCUCCCCCUCCCUCUCCUCCUCCUUCGACUGCUGCUGCUGCUGCUACUACUACUGCCCUCCUCCACCCGUUUUGCCACCAUCAUCAAACGCUUUCUGUCGUUGGCGAUUAUUCCAAUUCAAAGUCCGAGAAAUACUAUCCACCCAAUCUUCACUGCGACGAUCCAGAGGGAGAACCGAGGGAAAAGGGAAUCGACUAGCGGAGAUGGUGACGUAGUCUCCUGGUGUGAGUUCGCAUCUCUCUUUUCCAUCAAAACUGGCCCAACAGCUGGCUCGGGCGUCAUAGGGGACACCGAUGCGGAGGACAAUCGUGUCGGGUAAGAUGAUGGGUCGGAAGCUGAGAGUGUGCGGUGCAAUGGCCGUGACGAGGAUGACGGGAUUAUCGGGAUGACAGAGACUACCUCCUGCUGCGAGAUUGUAUGCAGUCGAGCCAGUGGGUGUGGCGACACAGACGCCGUCCGCCUGGACGGUGGUGAAGUGCUCUUCAUCACCAAACAUUUCAAUGCUGCUCAUGGUCGCGCUCGGUCCGCGGUCCAUGACGAUAUCGUUGAGGAUGUUGUGCGUGCCACCGGGGAGGUGGGUGGAAGCAUCAUCUGCUCCGUUCCCGAUGAGCUCGUCUACCAAGUCGCGAGAGUGCUGGUCGUCUUCGUUAUCUUUCUUGGUGGAGCGCAUGAUGGUGGCCUCAAACCGGAGGCGCAGAGAUACGGUCAGACCAUCCCUGAACGCUCGUGUCAGAGUCUCCUCGUAAUGACCGUAGUCGAAUUUGGUCAGGAAGCCCAGAGAACCCAGCGCGAAGGACAUGACAGGAGGCACAAUUCGCUGGAAGAGCCACGACGCAUACAGAACAGUGCCGUCGCCGCCCAAAGCCAGGCAUAUCUCAAAGAGGUGGGGCUUUUUCUUGCAUAGCUCAGUGGUCCAGAAUUUUAACCUCUCUCUGUAGGACUCGUCCUGCGAAUAGAGUGCAUCUACCCCGAAAGAUUUGUUGUCCUUCAUCGUCUCCUCGACCCACACGGUAUAUUGAUUUCCAUCGGCAUCCUUUUGUUGCAGGAGCCACUGAGCCACGUUCCGCGUGUAUUGAAUGAGCUUUUGAUCGUGUGCCUUGGUCAGCAGGAACACGUUGCGCACUUUCAGCAUCAAGCGUAUGCGGCCCAGCUUCUUGGACAAUUCCCGGAUACCAAAGGCCAUGUCCGAGAGCUGCUUCUUGGUCAGCAGUCUCGACUGCGUGUGCUGCGGCCCUUGCGACGCCUCGGCUUGAUUAUUCUUGUCUGCCGGCUUGUGGAGGUCAUCGUCGGGGUUAGCAGUCGAGGGAUUGUAUUUCGAUCUUGCUUCCAGUAAAGAGUGCACGAAACACGAAGUGGUCUGGCGAUUAUUUUUGGGCCUGCUCUGUUUUGAGCCCGGCGUCAGGCUGGCUCUUCUCCGUUGCGCGCCGUGCUUGUCGAAGAUGACCUCCAGCUGCUCCGACAGGCCUUCCGAGUCGCUGGUGCUGUGCUGUCCACCAUCGUCACCCUCUGGCUCUUGUUGUUCUUCUUGUUCCUCUUCCUCUCCUUCUCCUUCUUCUCCUUGCUCUUCGUCCUCUUCGUCGUCGUCGUCGUCGUCGUCGUCCUCCUCCUCCUCCUUACUCACCACCUCUUCUUCCCCCUUCACCGCCUCUUGUUGCUUGCUAUCAGCUGCACCACCGGCCGUAAGGUCGCCGACCGAUGCAUUCACAGUCGCCAUGUGUCGUCCUCUAGCUCUCGUGAGUCUGUCAAUUGAUCCUCGUGUUGCCGUCUUCGAGGAGCCUGUAAGUUAGUGGGAAGAUCCUAUGGAGCACGAUCCUACCUUUGACUUCUACACGCGGGCGUACAUAACCCCGCGGCUGACCGAUGUGCUAAGCGGCUUCGUCUCUUGCUCGUACGAAUGACGAAGGCGAGAAGACUUUGGUGGUGGUAGUGGUGGUGGUGGCUGUGGUGAUACCUCACAUAUGUGCUUACUCAGGCGGGUACAGCAAAGUGGUUAGGAGU